UAAUGCUCUUGUGAGUAAUACGUAUAGUCCACGGUACCGUAGUAUUUCUCAAGAGUAAUAUAUUGCGUCUGAACAUACUUCGUCUGGGUCAUUCUGUCUGAGUCGAGCGUAGUUUCACCAGCAGAUCGCCAAACCUUGUCGGGUUUUUGGAAUUAUACUUUGUCAAUUUGCUUCUGUUGUUGGAUAUUCUUGCACAUUUCCGAUUUGCCUUGUCAAACUCUAAUCGGAAUUUAUACUUGGAUUUAUAACUGCAACUAGCAGAUUUUGCAACUAAGUUAUUCACUACCUCACCAGUCACGGAAUCACCUGCAAAAUGGCACUGGCAGUGGAUUCAGAGUUCGACCCGUUUAAGCAGUGUUUCAUCAACGACGAUGUUGAGUUCUAUGGCUCAGCUGCGUCCCCCAACUCGACAACGCCAAGCGAAGACAUCUGGAAGAAAUUCGACGAUAUGGAGUUGGAGUUUUUCCCCACACCACCCCUGAGCCCAUCUCACCCCAGCAGCGACGGUGAGGACACCGGCGGGGGCGGGGGGAUAAGUGCCCCUCUCUUUGCGGACUCUGACAAACUCCAACGCGUACUCUCUGAGAUUCUUGAAGACGAACCGGUAUGGAUGACACAGAGUUUAACAUUUGUUGGUCCCGAUCACAAGCCAACGGUACCAACCACUCACAGGAACGUUAGCCCUGCCAGAAUUAACAUUGGUUCCCACAAAUCGAACUUUCUCAUCCAAGACUGUAUGUGGAGUGCUAUUCAAGCCGAGGAGAGGCGGCGACAGAUGCAGGCAGAGAAGGCGGCUAAGAACGGUAGACUUACGGCCCACUCGUCAGUAGCCGGUGGAGUCUCUGGCGACUUUUCCUCGGGUGAAUGUGUCGACCCAACGUCAGUGUUCCCCUACCCCCUCAGUGACACCAGACUGGACUUCUCGAGUACGACGCCAUCUGAUUCUGAGGAAGAAAUCGAUGUGGUUACAGGAAAGAAGUGCCCGCCAUCCUCACAUAAUGUACCAAGAACAAUCAUCAUCAAACGCCACUCGAAACAUUCGCGAAAACAUGGCCAUGGUGCACAAAUGUUCAAAGUGGUAAAGCGCUGUUCCUCAAACAAAUCCAUCCUCUCGAAAGUACCGACCAGUCUCAAGACUACCACCGGUCUGAAGAAACUGAACAAGAUAAACCUUGCAAAGCAUGUGAGCUUGGAGGAUGUGAAGCGAGUGUUGGAGAACACCUUAAGCAGUAACAACAGUACGAAACACUCAAAGAGCUUAUCAAAGAGAACCUACAACAGGAACAGCAGUAGAGGGAGUAGUCGCGGGAGCAGCAGACACGGCAGUCAGGACUCGUCAGACUCUGAGGAUUGUGAUCGCAGAGCCAACCAUAAUGUCCUCGAGAGGCGGAGACGAGAAGACCUCAGGACCAGUUUCUUCAAGCUCCGCGAUCAGGUGCCGGAGCUCGCCUCGCAAGAGCGUGCAGCCAAGAUCGUGAUCCUCAAGAAAGCCACGGACUAUGUACACCAUCUCCACGCUGACGAAGAGUCGCACACCAGGACACAUAACGCUCUCAAGAGGAGACACCACGCUUUGCUCCUUCGGUUGCGGCAAUUAGAAGAGGCCAAGUGACUAGGCGUGGCGGAGUUCCCUGCUACACAUGGACAUGACUAUCUAUAAGACUCUACGAUAGAGAACACUUUACCUCUUUGAGCGUAUUGGAUUUGGACCACUUACCCAGGAGCACUGCCUUUAUUUUAUACCUUUUAUGUCAGUUGAUACAACUACCCUUUGUUAAAAAAGGGUAGGAACAUGUUUCUCUUAUUUUUCUUUUUUUUUUACUAAAAAAAAUGUUUUAUCUUUUGAAUUGUGACGAUGAAAUCUAUCUUCCACUUUUUGAUAAUGAUUUUUGUAAGUUUGUACAAAAACUGAUAUUGAUAACCCGUUUUGCUAUUUUUUUUUAAAGUGAAUGCCUAGCCUAGCACCUGACUAUAUAGUCUGUGUGAUGUGUACUAAGACAGUAUAACCCUUCUAUGGAGUAGUUGAGCUUAGCUGAUUGUAUUAAUGUGGUGGGGAUUGGUUUAUCAUAUUGUUCUGUGCAUUUUUUAUAUUUUUUUUCUUUUAAAACAACGUAUCCCCAUUUUCAAAGUGACAAAUUGGCAAGAUAAGUUUUGGCCCCGUCUUGGAAUGCUACAUGCAAUUGGGUGGCAAAUAGGUGGUGUAUCUGAUAUAAGAUUGGCAGCAUAUAGACGUUGUAUAUAGGAGUGGAUGUAUACAGAGAUAAGGCUUAUAUAUGGACAUGGGUCGAGAAAGGUAGUGUUUACAGAAAGGCAUCUAGUUACAAAGGUUUAACAGAGAUAAAGAAAGGAUAUAAAAUCAGAUUUGUAUAGUGUAUUUCUAACAGAAACUCUAUGAACAGAGAGAGAGACAAUCUAUAACGGAAAGGAGAGACUUGAAAAGUUCUAUGAAGAAAGACUAUGGAAUAAGUUUUGUACAUACGUGUUAAAAUGUAUAUUUACAUGAUAUAUAUUUAGUUAUAAGAAGACUUUGAAAAGUAGCAAAGGUUUUUGAACUUCACAAAUAAGUAUUGUAACCUUGACAGGUAUUUGACGACUGGUACAAUGUUCCCUCAAGUUUCCUUGUUUUAAAUUAUAAUGUAAAGCCCAUUUUCAAUAAUCGUUCAGGGGAAUCAUCUCCUUCUUUCCUGUGGAAAAGCACAUUUCAUAGGCUAGUAGUAAGUGAGAAAAAACAGUUUUAAUACAUUCUUUAAAAAAUUACUCAUGGAUUGGGAAAUUUGAGAAGGAUUUUUUUUUAAUCAACAAUAUUUUAAACCUUCAGAAGAUUGAUAUCACCAAAUGUGUUGGAUUUUUUCCUAUUUAGCAUUUUACAGCGUUCUAACUUCUAGCCCUGCAUAUUUGUUUUUUUGUAUACAUGUAUACGUAGUAAUUCUCAUAGUAAUGUUUACAAACAUUGCAGUCCUCGUUCUUACAAAUAUACUGUUUUCAAGAAAAGUAAAAAAUAUGUAAUCAAAAUCAUUUACAUUUUUGUUACCAUGAUCUUAAGAAAGGUGUUCAUGCUUUGUACUGAAGUUUCCAAAUUUUUGCUUAUUACAAAAAAAAAUAUUAAAAGAAAAAGAAAAUCACAUGGAAAAUUUAAA